CACGUGCCAGGGUACCUCAUGUUGUCUCUUGUGGAUGAAACCAUCGAGGCGGUCGUCGCGGGCCUAAACACAGCCACCUACCAGCGUCCUCUGACACCGCGGGCUCCCGCUAGGCAGAAAAGAAAAACAGGUAGGAGGAAGAAAGUAGGAGGCAAAAAAAGAACUCAGAAAAAAUCUUCUGCUGGGAAAAAGAGCUCAGGACCGCUGAAGAGGCGCAAGCGUCUGAUAAAGAAGAGAAGGGGGAAAAAGCUGAGAGUAAGAUCCCAUGUGAAAAACGAGGUUACUGCUCGCUCGCGUAUUGCGAGAACUCUCGGCCUCAGCAAACCCGUGCGUGGGGGCUCGCUCCCCUCCAUGUACAAACCAACGGAGCCCUCGCUGGGGAUGAUGAGAGCAGACGUCGGCGCCGCCUCUCUCUCCGUGUUCGGAGACCCGUAUGAGUUGGAUCCAUUUGAAAGUACCGAAGAGGUUCCAGCAAAUCCGGAUUCACCGAUCAGUGCCAAAAGGAGAAUUCUCUCCCAGUCAGCACUGAGGUCUCACUGUCCUGUAGCAAGACCUAUUUCUGUGGGACUUCCCAGAAGCAGCGUCCCUGCCUUGAGUCCUGAUCAAGAAGCAGAAGCAGCCCCCGUGCCCGAUGUGUUGGGGAGUAUCCUGUCGGGACAGAGCUUGCUCAUGAUGAGCAGUUCGGACGUGGUCAUCAACAGAGACGGUUCGCUGACGGCGAAGAAGACAGCUCCACUUCACAGAAAACUAGCGAACGACUCGAGAGUGGAUGAUGGUUCAGGACACGACUCCCAGCUGAGCACGGUGCACUCAGGGACCUCGGCAAGCAGCUCCAUUUCUGGACCUUCAUUUUCCCCGGGGCUGAGCACUCCCACCAGACCCUCCUCCUCCUCCUCAUCCUCCUCCUCCUCCUUCUCCUUCCCCUCCUUCGCCAGCUUUUUUUCGUCGCCUUCGCCCUCACCGAGCGGGAUGGAGCCAGCAGCAAGCCCCGCGCAGGCAACGUUGGAAAGGGCGGCUGUAAAAUCGGAAUAUUCAAUGACACCCAGGUCUGUUCAGGCUCAGAAUAUAGCUGCUCUGAGCAGGCAUGGCUCCAAGCCAGACGAAAUGCCCAGAUUUAACGGCAACUCAAAAAACUUUGCACCCCUUGCCUCCUUUUCGAAGUCUCUGAGCCCUAACUCGACUUCUGGCUCAAAAUCUCUAACUGUGAGGCAGCCGUUAAAACCGCCUCCCAAGAGAAUCGACAUCUUCGAGCUUCCCAGGAUACCAAAGAUUAAAAAAGAAACCGAUGGCAAGCAGACGGAGCCGGCACCCACAGGAAGCCAAAGCUGUGACAUCCCCAGCUCCUGUGUAACCCAGCUGACCGGCAAAGAGAGCACCCAGCAGCCAACGAGGGGUGGCAAGGUGGAAAGUCAAAAAUCCAAUGCCAAGGAGCCUCAGCAGCAGGCGCGUACGAGCGGGGGGUCUUUUCCUGCCAACACGGGUGUCUAUGGCAGUUCCUCGCUCCUGGGCACUUCGAGGAGCAAAGGGCCGGGCCCUUUUGAGAGUUUUAAAAUCAAUAUCCCUGGAAACACGGGGCACCCCGGCAGACUGUCUAACCCGGGGUUUUGUAACACCUUCCGCCCCGUGGAUGACAAACAGAAAGAGAGUCCUUCGCCUCUUUUCUCGGUGAAGAAAAAGCAGGUCAAAAGCGAAAUCUAUGAUCCCUUCGAGCCAACGGGAUCGGACUCGAGUUCAGCAAGCAGCAGUCCAGAAAGGCUGGGCUCAGGGAUCCCGCUGACUAAUAUCACCAGGACUAUUUCCAUUGAAAAUCCCAGAGUUCAGACGUUUCAAACCGUCCGUCGUUUCACCCCUUACACGCUCGAAAAUAUAUUUGACUCCGGGACUGACUCGGACGUACCGUCUGUUAACGAGAAGUCGCACGAGGACGGGUCGGUGGGAAGCAGGAUCGUGGAGCAGAUCUCCGAUACGGAGGAACGAGGCGAUGUGGAUGAGGACGACUUCCUGAGCGGUCCUUGCACUUCAUCUGCUGUGAAGCGGAUUUCUAACGCGGAGGGUUUGAAGGAGGAGAGCAGAGAGGGCCCCAACGUGUUCUUCAGUGCCCAAGAGCUGGUUAGACCCAAUAUUAACGUGAGGCUAGAACCAGAUAGUAAGGAUGACGGGCAGCAGAAAGUCCCAAAGGUAGAACAAACGGAGAGGUGGUCGCGUUCCAGAUCCCGUUCAAACUCCAGCUCCCAAAGCAAGAAGGCGGCGAAAAGGAAAAAGGUUCUCGUCAAAAAGCGUAAGAGAUCCCGCUCGGGGUCUAGGGAUAGAGCGCCCUCGAGGGACCGAAGCUCCAGAUCUACCUCUUGGUCAGGUGGCGAAGAGCACAGCAAAACCCACACGUCGAAACCCAAGAGGAGGAGAUCUUCUACUGACCGUUCCAGCAGUUGUGAGCGAUCUAAAAAAAAGAAAGCGAAGGACAAAACCAAGGAUAAAAAGGCGAAAACUUCUUGCUCUAGGGAGAAAAGGAAAUCUAGGUCCCGUUCGGGUAGUCCUGGAAGCCCUUCCGAGUUUUAUGAAAACAGGAAAAAGAAAAGACGGUCUUGGUCGAGAUCAAGACGGAGGGAACGCUCCCGGUCAAAUAGCACGGAGAGGACUAAAAGGCGGAAGCACAGGAGAGACAAAAGCUAUGAGAGAUAUGAAAAAGACGGUAGCUUGAGGUCAAGGGACAGAAAGAGGUCGAGAUCCAGGUCUCGGGAGAGGAGAAAGUGGAGGUCUCGGUCUCGGUCCGCGUCUCGAUCUCGGGAGCACAAAAGCAGCAAAUCGAAGGAGAAAAAGCCUCGCUCGAGAUCACGUUCCAAAGAGAGAAAGCGCAGAUCAAAAGAGCCCUCGCUUUCUCCCCCACCAGAAAAGGAGCCAAAGCCUCCUGUUGAAAACGUGUCCUGGUGUGUGGAGCAACCCCAUCCCAUCAAACAAGAGCCGAAGGAUGAGCUGGCACUGGAAGAGUUUUCCAUAACCAUCCAACCGAAUGUCAGACUUGCGGAAACACAGACUGAGCCCCCGCUUCAACCGAGAGAGGCCCAAGAAACUCUGAUAAAAGUAGAGCCUGCCUGGGAGGAACCCGGCAGCGAAACCGCUUUCCCCGUGCCAGAGAUCGCUGGCCUUCGCGUUCCGAUGGGCGACACGGAUCCUUUUGCCGAGCUGGGAUUCCUGAGCGGCAGCGAGCCGGCGGCGCUCGGGAGCUGCGGCAACACAAACCUCGAGAUCAAGGUGAAAAUCGAAAACACCGCCUUGAGUCCGUCGCUGACAGAACCCGCCCCGAAGAUGGAAGUUACCGUGCGCGCUCCGACCGAGGCGACCUCGGUUCAGGGCUCGUCAAAAAGCCAGGGAGCCGAUGGCGCGCAGGAGGUUCGAGAAGAGCGCCUCGUGUCGUGGGGGCAGAGAACCGGGCAGUUUGGUACGCCCGAACUGGAGGUGGUACCUCAAGGGCCAACGUUGAAAUCAAACACGCCGGUGAAGAGAGUCACCUGGAAUCUUCAGGAGGAGGCAAGCGACGACGCGUUGGCUGUGGAUAAAGCUCCACGGCUGCCGUUCUACAAACUUCAGCGAGCGAAAGAAGGCGCCUGGAAGGCGGAGGACUUGAACCAAACAUUAAAUCAGGUGCAGUUCAAUGAGCCACCUCCAGGCAAUUCUGUGAUUCCUGAACCUACGUUUUCGACUCUUACGGUCGAAGAAGUGUACUGUCAACCUAUCCCUCUGACGCCGCCUCUGCCCUCGAGCCUGCCGCCCUACGCGCCCGUCAGCCAGCCCACGGUUCAGUUCAUCAUGCAGGGGAGUCUUCCAGCGCUCGGCUGCGCCACGGGACAGAGCCUCACGCCGGAGCCCGGCAGCCUGGCCACCGCCUCGGAACCGGGGAUCCAAGCCGCCUCCGUGGGAAGCGGGGAAGAAAAGAACAAAGCGCCCAAACCCCCGAUGGAUAAAAUGAAAAACGAGGAGUACAUGAAGAAGCUUCACAUGCAGGAGAGGGCCGUGGAAGAAGCGAAACUUGCCAUUAAACCUUUUUACCAGAAGAGGGAGAUCACGAAGGAGGAGUACAAGAACAUCCUGCGCAAAGCCGUGCAGAAGAUCUGCCACAGCAAAAGCGGAGAGAUCAACCCGAUGAAGGUGGCCAACCUGGUGAAGGCCUACGUGGAGAAAUACAAACACAUGAGGAAACACAAGAAAUCCGACGGCGAAGACGCGCGCGAAGAAGAGAACUGA